AUGCCGAAAUCGAUCCACGUAAUGGAUAAGCAGCGCUACAGCACCGAACUCGUCGCUUAUCGUCACGACAUUGAGGAAAAGAUCCGUGAUUUCAUCAACAAGGUGGAGACGAAGUUCUUUGAUGGAUCGAUUGGUCAUGUGAUGCCCGAGGCCGAGGCGAGCAAGGCUGAACCUGCGGUUGUUCCAAGCGAGGUCGCGGCAUCUGUUCAUGACGAAUCGAAUACGGACCAGGAGGAGGACAAUCAUGAUGAAGGGGCCUACUCUGCAGAAACUCAAGCCCACUCGGGACCGGUGACCCACUUGGAGAAGGUGAAGCCACGAAUUGCCGCCGACAAGGCCCGCUCUCUUCCCGAUGGUGAGAUUCCUGAGGCAGACGUCGUUGUCACCGUUGUCUCCAGUGUCACAAAAGAUUGGAAAACUACGUACUUUCCAAUGCCGUGUCCAAUUUUGAAGCCAAUCAACCAAAUUUCCGCUCUGUCUCCAAAUGAUUGCUCCAAAAUCAGCGAAUCCCUAAAUUGUGAUGCGAGAACGAUUUUCAAAGGGUAUGCUGGCGGGGAGCCGGGUCUGAAACGAAAUCCCGAUCAUUUGAUUGUUGAAGGCAGGUCUGAGGAAAUGCGGCUCACCUCCUCGUCGUCAGCCAGUACCCUGUUUACCGAUCAAAGAUGCGCUUUUUGUCUCGUCUACGCUCUUGAAGGUUGCCAGCAAUCAUCAGAUAACAUAACAUUUCCCGUGGACGAUAUGGUCACCUUAUCUCAGCCUUUCUAUCCGUGGAUAUUCGAUAGAUACGAUCGGAUAGAAUUGUUCAAUCUUGAAGCCGUUGAUCCUCAAAUGUCUUGGACGCCUGAAGUUGAUACUCAACUUAAAUCCGGAUAUAUGGCAAUCGUUCGACGAUUUGCGGCUUGUUUGUUUGAACGUCGUUUGGACGUAGACACUCAAGCAACUUUCGCUUUUCAUGCCUCUGAUCUGUAUUCGAUUUCAGUCAAAAGUCCGCGCCAGUCAUUUUGCUUUGAAACGUGUGCCAACUGUACUAUGUUGAUCGAGUUCUCCUUUUAUUGUUUUUACUCGAUGACGUUUUUGUCGCUGUUGUGGGAUUACGGGAUGCCACAAAGUGAUCUGCUCAAAAACAACAGCGCUUUUUUAAUCAGUGUGCCUGAAUUGCUUGAAGAAAAUCGCGACUACGAAGUGUUGACUUGUAAAAGUGAACUGAACAGCUCCUGUGAAGUGACAACAAAUGAGUCAAACAAAUGGACAACGAUUGUUCUCGUUUUGGAACAAGAAAAUGACGGACCACACGUGUUGACCAGCUUACAAUCAAAAACAACGAAUGCGAGAUGUCGCUACGAACUUUACGUUCAAUCGCCUCAGUCCUCGAAUUUCACCAACAAUCAACAUUUUCUUUUAAUGAUUGAUGAAUCGGCUCCAUUCAUCGAACAAUACCUCGAGAAUCGUGUCUACAGCUUGACCAUUCCACCCGGAUGCUCGCCCAAAAUAGUCAUCGAAGUCAGAAAGUAUCCAUCGCAACUAGACCGUACGAAUGAACAAAAACUCUGCCAAAAAGGCACAGCAAUGAUCGAUUCGCCGGGAUAUUUGGACCCUUUCAUUAAUGAGACAUUUAGUGUCACAUUUAGUGAUUUGUCACUGUCACAUUUAGUCAUUUGCAAUGACGGCCUUUUGUUGACGGUUCGUGGUGAGGUGGUCGCCCUUUUUGAUGGAACUCUUCGAAUCGACUACAAGGGACAACAAGGCGACAUUAUUGCAUCUGAAAUUGAAUUUUAUGUUUCAAUCUCAUACUUUUCAGUUGGGAUUCCUCCGACGAGCUACACUUCAACCUUUAACAAAACCCAUGAAGAAGUGGUGAGUGUUCUGAUAACUUGGACACCAAAUGGCACAUCUUUUGGCGGUGGAACAUUGGUGUUAGUUCAUGUCGAUGAAGUGAGCACAUUCGGGAGCGACUCGCCGAAAAAAGAUUGGAUAUGGAUUGUGCCGACAGUGAUUCUUUUUAUUUCCAUUUUGCUCGUAGCUGUUGGUUGUGCAGUUGGCAUUAAAUCCGGACUGCUCAUUCGCCUCCUUUUAUCACAUCGAAACCCAUUUGCUGACCAGAUUCAGAGAACAUUCAAUUCGAUUCCACAACUGAAAAAAGCGAUGGACAGAGCACUCACCACAAAGAAAAAGAAAAUGGGAGAUGCCAAUUCGAGCGAAAAUUGCUUAGAAGUCGAUGAUUUCGUGCCGAUUGGUUGGCAACUUAGUGAUGCCCUUGCUUACCUAUCAAGUAAAAACUUUAUUCAUCGAGAUGUGGCCGCAAGAAAUGUUUUGAUAACCGAGAGGAAGAUGGCCAAGUUAUCGGAUUUCGGUUUGUGUCGUCACAUUAAGGAUGAACAUUACGAGUCUCAAGGAGGGAAAUUACCGAUCAAAUGGAUGCCACCAGAAUCGAUUGAAUUCGCGAGGUUCUCAGAGAAGAGUGAUGUG